GGUUGAGAUUCAGUCUUCUUCCGCCAUUCGCGAACCAUCUUCAAACCUCUUAUUAUAUACUUACUUCUCCCCUCUUUCCCGACACCACAGAAACCAAGAUCUCUGUUUCCGACACAUUAUCGUGACAAAAGAUGUCGUCAGGAUCCGACAAAGAAAGAGAGACAUUCGUCUACACGGCUAAGCUCUCCGAACAAGCCGAGCGUUACGACGAGAUGGUUGAGACGAUGAAGAAAGUGGCGAAAGUGGACAGCGAGCUGACGGUGGAGGAGAGGAACCUGUUGUCGGUUGGGUACAAGAACGUGAUCGGAGCAAGACGGGCUUCGUGGAGGAUAAUGUCGUCGAUCGAGCAGAAGGAAGAGUCUAAAGGCAACGAGACGAACGUGAAACACAUCAAGGGUUAUCGCCAAAAGGUGGAAGACGAGCUCGCUGAUAUAUGUAAAGACAUUCUUUCCAUCAUCGAUCAGCAUCUUAUCCCUCACGCUACCUCAGGAGAAGCCACUGUUUUCUAUUACAAGAUGAAAGGAGAUUAUUACCGUUACUUGGCUGAGUUUAAGACCGAGCAAGAGAGGAAGGAAGCCUCUGAACAGUCGCUCAAAGGCUAUGAGGCUGCAACACAAGCUGCAAGCACUGAUCUUCCUUCGACGCACCCGAUUCGUCUUGGUCUUGCUCUUAACUUCUCUGUUUUCUACUAUGAGAUCAUGAACUCUCCUGAAAGAGCUUGCCAUUUGGCCAAGCAAGCCUUUGAUGAGGCGAUUGCGGAGUUGGAUACGCUGAGUGAGGAGUCUUACAAGGACAGCACUUUGAUCAUGCAGCUCCUUAGAGACAAUCUCACCCUCUGGACUUCUGAUCUUCCUGAGGAUGGAGGAGAAGACAACGUCAAGUCUGAUGAACCCAAUCAAGAACAUUGCAAGAUCAUAGAAGCCACUGAUGUAAUUAACCUGAUUAACAUUAGUCUAAGUUGUGCUAAGCUAAUGUGGUUUGCCUUUUUGUUUCUUUGUUUCAGAAAUGAUCAGAGGCUUUGGAAGUUGAAUGAGUUUAGAUUAAACUCCACAUCUUGGUUUCAUCAGGGAGAUGAGACAAAUGAAUUCAAAUUUUAUAUUGUUCUUUUUUCUUAAUUACUUCUUUUGUUGUCAA